AUGGAUCUAAUUGGUCCAGCAGUUCUGGGGAAAAAUGAUAAUUCCGGUUUCCGAGAUACAAGGAAGGGAAGUUCCGGAUCACCAAAAUCGGAGCCGGCACCGCCGCUAGAUGACACCACCACCACCUCUCCGUCCACAUCGACGAUCGAACGAAAGAGCGCCACGCCAGAAGCAGUGCAUUCAACAGUCAACAGUCCUGGAGACAUCAGCACUACCAUCGCUGCCGCUGAAUCUUCCGCUGUCGUGGAGAAAGCGGAGAGACCGAGUCUUAGCUAUAAGGAUCUCAUAAUUGAGGCCAUCGAGAGCAGCCCGCAGAAGCGAUUGAAACUGAAUGAAAUUUAUCAGGUUUCCUUUUCAUCACCAAUAAUUCAAAUUUCGACCUUUUCUAAAACAGUGCGCAAAUGCCCCGAGAAUACGAAACAGUAA